GAAUAGAGUCGACAAUCUCAUGCGUAUGAAGUAUGAACGCACAUGUAUGUAUAAUGGCGUUCCUUUCGCUGAUAAAUAUUGAGCGUGUUUAAUUUAUUUAAAUUUUGUAAAAAUAAUGCUAAGGUGGUUAUUACAAAAUAUAUACAGUAUUCAAUAUACGGUUUUUAUACGGUGACUAGAAAUAGUGCUUAGUUGGAAAGUGUCACAUCACAAUUAAUGACGUGGAUUUAGGUUAGGUUAUGCUUUACAAUUUUUACCUGAAUCUUGUCGAAAUAUUACUAAAAAAGUAAUUUAAGAGUUCAUCGUAAAGCACAAAUCGUAAAUAAUGUUCGAAAUUACAGAUACGCAAAAAAUAGGAGUCGGACUUGCAGGAUUUGGUAUAUCUUUUCUUUUCCUUGGAAUGUUACUACUUUUUGAUAAAGGUCUUCUUGCUAUUGGAAAUAUUUUAUUUAUAUGUGGAUUAUCAUGUGUUAUUGGACCAAAGAGAACCCUCAGCUUUUUUUUUCAAAGGCACAAGAUAAAAGCUAGUGCUUCAUUUUUAGGAGGAAUUAUUGUAGUACUUAUGGGUUGGCCUAUCAUAGGCAUGAUCAUAGAAACGUAUGGUUUUAUAUUAUUAUUCAGUGGUUUCCUGCCAGUUGCCAUAAAUGUUCUACGAAAGAUACCUGGUUUAAGAAUUAUUUUAAAUUUGCCAGGUUUAUCUCGAAUAUUAGAUUCAAUUGCGGGAGAUCCAAAUAGAACAACUGUAUGAUAUGUUUCUUGAUAUGAUGGCACAAAUCAUUGUAUAUAAGAUCCACUAUUUUAUAUUGUGUCCCAAACUUUCUCGUCAUUCCCUUCUGAAAUUUCUCUCAGAUCUCUGUUUGUAUUGUAUAAAUGUCAAGUGUAAACAACAAAGUUCAAUUACCUACCCAUUUAAUCUAGAAAUAUUGUGUAAAAAUAAUAUAUAAAUUUCUCAUUUUCAUAUAAACUACUGUAUUGCUGCAGAGAGUAUAUGUGUAUUUUAAGAGCAUUCCAAAAUGUUCAGGUAGAUUGAGGAUCAAAAUUAAAAUGGGAAGUAUUUUUAUUUAAAAUCAUUAAUUCACUGUAUCAGUAGAUUAAUGAUAUUAA